UCCAAAAUGGCGUCGUUGCUUGGGGAGAAGCUGUUUGAAAUUUCUGGCCAGGGCCCAGCGCCCUCUAAAGAUUUUUACAAUUUUGUGAUUACCAGAAAUGAGGUAAUAUUGAAUAUGUGGACCGUCUCUUUACGACUUGAAAAUAAGUUUCGUCCUCCGAAACAGCUGAGGUCAACUUUUUCUAAUUUUCUACUUGACAAACAACUUCAGUAUGAUAUUAGCCAUGUUUUUGGUGAGAAGAUCCUGGAGUACUCGCUGUCACUGUGUCGGGGAAACUACGACUAUCUUGAUCGCAUACCGGAUGACUUACUGCUCAGAAUUAUCUCCUUCUUACAGCUGAAAGAGAGAUUUGUGUUGGCACAGGUUUCCAAAAGAUUCAGAAUGCUCUGCGACUCUGACAAGUUUUGGGAAAUGCUUGUGAAGAACGACUGUCCUGAUUACCAACCUGACAUGGAGGACUUAGGAAGAGCCAUGGGAUGGAAGAUGACCUUUUUUACCUUCUUUCACAGUGAUGGCACCAACAUUAAUGGCAUCGACGAUGAUGUCGACUUGAACGGCAAUGAGUGACACCAGCAGCAAUAGCACCGAAGAGCAGUAAAAAUGAACAACACAACA